AUGGCUAAUAGUAAUACCAUACAAGAUGAAGAUCCGAUUUUGUUCACCGAAGAACAAGAAGCUCUGGUCGUGAAAUCGUGGAACUUGAUGAAGAAGGAUGCCGGCGAAUGGGGCCUCAAACUUUUUCUCAAGAUAUUUGAGAUAGCCCCAUCAGCUCAGAAAUUGUUCUCUUUUCUAAGAGAUUCAAAUGUUCCACUUGAGCAAAAUCCUAAGCUAAAGCCACAUGCUAAGAAUGUGCUUGUUAUGACAUGUGAAGCCGCGGUUCAGCUCCGUAAAGCAGGGAAAGUUGUGAUUAGAGACUCGACUCUCAAGAAAUUAGGCGCGGUCCAUUUUAAAUAUGGCGUUGUCGAUGAGCAUUUUGAGGUGACAAAAUAUGCAUUAUUGGAGACAAUUAAAGAAGCAAGUGGAGAAAUGUGGUCAGCAGAAAUGAAGAGGGCUUGGAGUGUGGCCUAUGACCAUUUAGUUGCUGCUAUCAAGACUGAAAUGAAGCCUUAA